AUGCAGAAAUCAAAUGUUGGUCCUAAAUUACUGUUACAACUUAAUGUAAAAGUGGGGCCGGAUGAUGAUACAGUAUCUGAUGAGGCGUUUAGUUAAGUUUUCAAUAAAACUUCCUUGAUUAAAGAAUAGUAAAGGUAUGAUGCAAAGGGAAGGCAGAUUGGAAAAGGGAAGAAUUACUCAAUAGAAUUUGAUAAUUGUGUCACAGUUUGUGUGUAUGACCCGAAUGACGAAGUAUUAUAAAUCAAAGAGACUCUUUCUCAAAUUUCAAAUCUUGAUAUAAUGAAGGUUAACUUCAGAAACCAAUAUUAUAUUAAUAAUCAACAACAAUUAACUGAUUACUAAAUAAGGCCAAUUCUAAAAAGAAAAGGCCCAAUGUAUCCAAACGUAUUGAAAUGA